GCCACGAUGCUGCCCAUCUGGACCUUCUUCCUGCUGCUGGGUGCAGUAGCAGGAAAAGAAGUCUGCUUUGAGAGACUUGGCUGCUUCAGUGAUAACUCCCCAUGGGCCGGAAUUACAGAAAGACCCCUUAAAAUUUUGCCCUGGGCUCCAAAGGAUGUCAAUACCCGCUUCCUUCUGUACACUAAUGAGAACCAAGACAACUACCAAGAAAUCUCCGCAGAUUUAGACGUUAUCUCAAGCUCCAACUUCAAAACAAACAGAAAAACCCGUUUCAUUAUCCAUGGAUUCAUUGACAAGGGAGAAGAAGGCUGGCUGUCUAAUAUGUGCAGGAACAUGUUUAAGGUGGAAAAUGUGAACUGCAUCUGUGUGGACUGGAAAAGUGGAUCUCGAACUGGCUACACUCAGGCCUCACAGAACAUUCGGGUUGUGGGUGCAGAAGUGGCCUAUCUCAUCGACUUUCUGCAGUCAUCACUAGACUACUCUGUGUCCAACGUUCAUAUCAUUGGCCACAGUCUGGGGUCUCAUGCUGCUGGAGAGGCUGGAAGAAGAACCAAUGGCACUAUUGCUCGGAUCACAGGAUUGGAUCCCGCUGAACCUUGCUUUCAGGGCACACCCGAAUUGGUUCGACUGGAUCCCAGUGAUGCCAAGUUUGUGGAUGUCAUUCACACUGAUGCUUCCCCCAUCAUCCCCAACGUUGGAUUUGGAAUGAGCCAAACUGUGGGCCACAUGGAUUUCUUCCCAAAUGGAGGAGAAGAGAUGCCCGGAUGUCAGAAGAACAUUCUGUCUCAGAUUGUGGAUAUCGAGGGAAUCUGGGAAGGAAGUCGUGACUUCUUUGCCUGUAAUCACCUCAGAAGCUACAAGUAUUACGCUGACAGCAUCCUCUAUCCCGAUGGCUUCUCUGGAUACUCAUGUGCCUCUUACAAUAUUUUCAAAGCAAACAAGUGCUUCCCCUGUCCAGCUGGAGGCUGCCCACAGAUGGGCCAUUAUGCUGAUAGAUUCGUUGGGAAAACAAAUGCAGAGUUCCAGAAAUUUUAUCUUAACACCGGUGAUGCCAGCCACUUUGCCCGCUGGAGGUAUAAGGUAACCAUCACUCUGUCUGGAAAGAAGGUGACAGGACAUGCGCUGGUGUCUUUGUUUGGAAGUAACGGAAACUCUAAGCAGUAUGAAAUUUUCAAGGGCACUCUCCAACCAGGCAGUACUCACUCCAAUGAAUUUGACUCUGAUGUGAAUGUUGGUGAUGUCCAGAAGGUUAAGUUCCUUUGGUACAAUAAAGUGAUCAACCCAACUCUUCCUAGAGUAGGAGUAUCUAAGGUCACCGUGGAAAGAAACGAUGGAGCCUUGUUCAACUUCUGUAGUCUGGAGACCGUGAGGGAGGACACUCUGCUCACUCUUACCCCAUGUUAGGAGCUGCUGACAUGUGUCCUUU